AUGACCUGCCUCUUCUUCGAGAAGCUCCCGGGCGAGCUGCGCAACAACGUCUACGAGCUCGUCUUCGCCCUAGACAACACACAUCCCGUCGAUAUCCUCAACGCGCAGCCACCGAGGAAAGACUUCCUGCUCACAUGCCGACAAGCCAACGCCGAGGGUGGUGGUAACUACCAAGCGGCGUAUCGUCAAUCCUGGGCCGGUACAGAUUUCGUCCUACAGAUACCAUCUUACGGGGACGACACAACGCAGCACAUCAAUGCAGUGCAGAAUCUCCGACAUGACGAUAUGAUACACAUCACGAGCCUGGCGUGCAAGCCACGGGAACCGUCAAGUCAAUGGUAUACCAUUGAGCUGGUAGACACUCGCGGUGGCUGGCUCCACACGUGUCAACACUCUGCGAGCAACGAGUCGUCUCAUCGAUAG